AUGACCUCCUUCAUCGACUAUUCAAAGAACACCAGGUCGAAGAAUUACCAUGGAUCCGGUUCAUUUGCCACCUUUAUGAUCAUCGCUCCUGUGUGCUUCUUCCUGGGCAUCCUUUUUGCCUCAUUCCCUUACGACUUCCCUCUUCUAUGGACCAAGGCUCCUGUGCCCGAUAACUUCUUUGAUCACCUCGAAACACAUCUGAAGUUUGUACACCAAUCUCCGGCGCUCAUUAGCCGUAUCCUCCACAUUGUCAUCUCUAUCGGCUUCAUCGGUUUCUUCAUCAAGCUCUUCCGUCCCAGCGAGGCCAACUUCCUGUUUGACGGCGCGUCCCUCAUUCUCUACCUGAUUGGUUUCGGUGUCUACGUCGCCAACAUUGUCAAGGCUCUCCGAAGUGUUAGUGCCGAGAUCUGGACCAACGACGGCUUCGAUGGCAAGACUCAUGAGGGUGAGAGCGGCGAGCUUGUUCUGGGUCGCGAGGACAGUUUGAAGGUUCUUUCGGCCAGCAAUACCAUUCUUGCCCUUGUUCUUGUUGGAAUUCUCGUUCUGCAAGUCGGCGAGUGGUAUGCUGAGAAGAAGGAAGCUGAUGACGCCGCCGCUGUCGAUGCUAAGGAGGCGUCGGAAAAGAAGGAGGGUUCCCCUAGCAAAGCCUCCACUAAGAAGAAGCAGUAA